AUGCUAUCUGAAAUACCUUUUUUUCCAAUUUUGCUGAUAGUAAGCUUCGUGCAAUAUUCAAAUGGUGAAUUAAAUUUGCCUAAAGUUAUAUGGUUGGGUGGAAUUGUCCCAUAUAGAAUUGAUAAGGAUUUUGAAAGUAUAAUUACUCACUACUACAAAAUAAGCAGCGAGCUCAAUCCUUUUCAUUCGAAUGUCAAAUCGGACUCAGCAAGAAAAUAUGAUCAAAUACUAGAGAAACUGAAGGGUAGUUUGCAAAGACUGGAAAAAUCUGAUGAUGAUGGACAAAGAUUUGUUCUAACAAACUCGAGAGACAAAUUGUCGAAAUCACCAGGAUCUUCGAGCAAUAAACAACUCUUUUCGCCACAUAAUUUAUACAGUGAAUUACAAACUACAAGCCAUCUUCCAAAAGAUAUCAUCCUUUACCCUUCCUUGGCUAUAACAAUGCCGUCUGUCGCAACUGAAUUCUCAGAACAAACGAAUAAAAAUGACAAAACGUUAACUGAGCAGCCAACACUUCAAUCUGCUUUUGGAACUUCGCUUAUAGAUAAUUUCGCUCAUAAGGAAUCGUUGUUAAGAGAUGAUCCUGGGACAGAACAGAAUAAUCUAAGGAUUUCACCUGUCGUAAUUGAUAAAUUUUCUGAAUCAGGACAACAAUUUGAUCCUUCACUGAUAACGACAAGAUUAUCAAGAACCAUUGAUGAAAUAUCAGAAAUAACUGACCCUUUUGCUAGCACUGACAAUCACGUUUCUCUUCCAACUGAUAGCACUACUAUUCUGUCUCCUAAUCGGGUCCCACUUGGCGCUCAGCCCACAGAUGUGCCUCUGGCAAAGAUGCAAUCAGACAUUUCCCAUGAGGGCGUGGUGAAUCCAAAAUGUUCACAGCUGCAAACAUUACUCAAACCAACCAAAGGAUCACAGUCGCCCUUCGAACAGGCACUGAAAAAUUCAUCAAAGACGUGGUCGCAAGGCCAGAAAAUCGGUCUUGGCAAGUUGUUAAGACGGGUUCGGAUUGUUAUUGGUCUCUAUCGAAACAACCCGCCUCGACAAUUUGAAAUCGUGAAAAAUAUCAUCAAACUUUAUAUCGAACGUGAACCAGAUAAUUAUAAAGAAAGCGUUUUAGAUUUAGCAAUUGAUGAUUGGGGUAGUCUUAGAGAAUUUAUUUUAUGUUCCUUAUAG